AGUUCAUUCAGUAUUAAAACACAUGACGCCGUAAGGUUUAUUGCAAGUCUAAUAUUUUCAAUAAAAUCAAUAAUGUUGUGGUUGUUAUUGUGUUUUACGGCAGGGUUACUGGCAUUGAUCAUUUAUUAUAAAGUGGACAAAAAUGAGGACUUUGACAAAAUACCGGGACCAAAAGGAUUGUUUUUAUUACACAAUACUUUGGAUUUCUUAGAGGGACCUGUAUUCGCGUUUUAUUAUUUCCGUCAGUUAACACAAAAAUAUAAACAGUUAUUUAAAUUACAAAUCGGGAAUAAGAAAAUUGUUGCUAUAUACAAUCCAGAAGAUGCUGAGACAAUUUUAAGUGACAUGAAAUAUAUCACUAAAGGAUACCCAUACAAAUUUAUAAAACCAUGGAUGGUAGAAGGAUUAGCAUUAAGCACAGGAGCAAAAUGGGCAUUCAGAAGAAAGCUGUUGACGCCCGCUUUCUAUUUCAAUAUUCUGAAAAUAUACAAAAUAAUAUUAGAAGAAAACAGCCGAAAAUUAGUUGAAAAUCUGAAAUGUGAAGUUGGCCAACCGAAAACCGACGUGGAACAUUAUUUGCAGAAUUUCACACUGAAUUCUAUUUGCGAAACUGCAAUGGGUAUAAAACUAGACGAAGAAUCCAAAGAUUUUGCGAAGGAAUACAAACAGGGAGUGUUCGAUCUAUCUAAUCUAGCCAUUGUCAGGACAUUGAAACUUUGGAUGCAUUCAGAUUUCAUCUUUUCCCUAACAGAAUUAGGUCGUAAACAAAAGAGGACGUUACAAAUGAUGAAUAAAUUUCGUGAUCGUGUUAUUGAUACGAGAAGAGAAACUUUUAAGGAAGAUGAUCUUAUAAUAGAAGACGAAGACGUUAGUUUCAAAGGUAAAAAAAGAUUAGCAAUGUUGGAUUUGCUACUUCAAGCUGAAAAACAAGGGACAAUCGAUGCGGAUGGCAUCAAGGAAGAAGUUGAUACAUUUAUGUUCGGGGGCCACGAUACAUCUGCGACCGCUCUGCAAUACGCUUUGAUGGUUUUUGCCAACAAUUUAGACGCGCAGGAGCGUGUCAUUCAAGAGUACAAUGAAUUUUUUUCACCUACGGACCAAUCGAUUCCUUUAACCGAUCUUGGGAAGUUGAAAUAUCUGGAUUGUUGCGUCAAAGAAUGUCUCAGAUUAUAUCCGUCAGUGCCUGUUAUUUUGAGGAAUAUUGAACAUUCCGUAAAAUUAAAGGACAAUGUGAUGCCAGCUGGUACGCAAUGCAUCAUCUUGAUAUACGACUUGCACAGACGUGAAGAUCAGUUCCCAAAUCCGAAUGAAUUCCAACCAGAAAGGUUCAUGACUAACAAUCCAACUUGGCAUCCGUACGCCUAUGUACCAUUUAGUGCCGGGCCACGUAAUUGUAUUGGUCAAAAAUUUGCAUUGAUUGAAAUGAAGCUGGCUAUAUUAGCUAUAUUGAGACAGUACCGGCUGUUGCCAGUGACUAAGCCUGAAGAUAUUGCAUACACCUCGGAUCUGAUGCUCCGCUCCACGGAGCCCGUAUAUGUUAAGAUAGAGGAACGAACAUAAAUCAACUAACGUAUAUGACGAUUGUUUUCGUCAGUUUACGAACUAGUUUGUAGUAAAAUCUAUAUGGAAAUUGUUUACUAGAUGUGCUCACACUUGAUGUGGUCUGGCUGACAAUAAAUUAUUUUUUU